CCGCGUCCUCUGCAGCAUCAGUCCAGUGACUUCGGACCCGUCGGCGCCAUGACGGACCUUCUGCUCCGAGUCGUGCUGCUGGGAAACCUGGGCGUCACAGCUCAAGUAACUUCUUCAGCUCCCCCGAUGCUCGCUCCCGUCUCCAAGGUGAGGUUUGACUCUGUGGACUACAGGAACGUUGUGCACUGGACUCCACCCACCACCAACAGCAGCUCCCUGCAGUACCACGUCCAGUGGAAGAUUUACGGCGAGCCACAGUGGUUGGACGCGCCCGGCUGUCAGCGCAUCCAGAGGACCCAUUGCGACCUCAGCGCCGUGACCUCUGACCCCAGAGAGUGGUACUACGCCAGAGUGCACGCCUCCUCGCGGCCCUCGGGCCAGUCGGCCUGGGCCCUCUCCCCGAGGUUCAGCCCGCGCUGGGACACCCAGAUCAGCCCCCCGGUCCUGAGGCUGAACGUCAACGAGCGAGGGAUCGUGGUCCGCGUGAAGCCCCCCAGGCAGACGGUUCGCAAGAGGCACCGAGGUCUGCUCUACGAGAUCUACCUCACACACCCCGGGGGGCAGGAGGAGGUGUUCCUCAUGGACUGCUGCUCCAGCAAGCUGCCUCUGAAGAGGCUGAGGCACAACGCCACGUACUGCCUGCAGGGGCAGACCGUGAUCCCCCUGCAGGCCAAGAGCAGCGCCCGGGGCGCCGUCAAGUGCGUCACCACGCUGUGACAAGCACAGACACGCGAGACAACGCUGGACGUUUCAUCCGUCAGUUCAGCUUCAAUCGCCCUUCGCUACCUCGACAGCAGCAGCCAUAAACCACCUCGCCGAAUGCAAGUGCUGCACUUUAUUUUGAAAAGCAUCAAGGCCCUGAUGACCUGUCACUUUCAGCGUCCUGGUCAGUUGACACUGCAUCGCUUCACAUUUAUUUAGGUUUAGUUAAAUUGUUAUUGUUGCUAAUCUUAACUCAAGGUCCACUGUGCAGCUUUUUCCCCUCAGUGAAUUCCCUGAUGAUGAUGAUGAUAACAUGGUGUCAAGUGGAACCUGAGUUUUGUAUAUAUGUACUUUUUUUGGUUGAUUUCAUGGAGCUCAGCUCAUUUUUCACUACAAACACACUACAAGCACAAUGAAGUAGAGCAGUUUGUGUUGACUGACUACAGAAAAGCACAAAUCAUUAUUUUUUUCAUUUGAUUCGCACAUUUAACAAUUUUCUGUUCUCCGUCUCAUUUAAAUGGAAAACAUUAACAAUUUGCUGAGUGACCUCAAACUAUUUGUACUUUUUUGUCCGCACUCCAACACGGAGAUGGAAUUGUGUAUUUGUGUAUCAUGUCAAAAAUAAAA